AUGCUACUGUGGGCAUCCUUGCUGUUCCUUGCUCCAGUCAGUGGACAACUUGCAACUGCACCCAAACCCACGAUUUCUCUCCAUCCUCCAUGGACCACCGUCUUCAAAGGAGAGACUGUGAAUCUGACUUGCGAUGGAUUUCACUUCUAUGCACCAGAGAAAAUAAAAUGGUAUCGUCACUUCCUUGGAAGAGAAACACAAAUCGAAACCCUAGGAAACACCUUUCAGGUCCAUUCUUCUGGAGACUACAGAUGCCAGGCCGAGGGCUCACAGCUAAGUAACCCUGUGCGCUUGCAUUUUUCUUCAGACCCUCUCAUCCUUCAAGCCCCGGAUGCUGUGUUUGAAGGUGAUAUGUUUGUUCUGAGAUGCAAGAAAAGGGGGAAAGAGAAACUGAUUGCUGUGAAGUACACUUACAAUGGAAAAGUUAUUUCUGAUUCUAAUAAAACCUUGGAUCUUCUGAUACCACAAGCAAGUUCAAAUAAUGGUGGCUAUUACCAGUGCAUUGGAUCUGUGGAAGGAAAUUAUAUGUUUAGAUCAAGUACAAAAGUUAUUAAAAUUCAAGAACUAUUUCCACGUCCAAAGCUGACAGUCACAGCCUCCCAGCCUACAGAGGGGAAUUCUGUAAACUUGAGCUGUGAAACACAGCUCCCUCUAGAGCGGUCAGACACUCAGCUUCACUUCGUCUUCUUCAGAGACAACGAGGUGAUCCUUUCAGACUGGAGCAGGUCCCCAGAAUUCCAGAUCACAACCAUCUGGAGGGAAGACUCAGGAUCUUAUUGGUGUGGUGCUGAAACAAUGACCCACAGCGUCCACAAACGAAGCCUCCCACUGCAGAUCCAGGUGCAGAGAAUCCCUGUGUCUGGAGUGCUUUUGGAGACCCAGCCCCAAGAGGGCCACGUGGUUGAAGGGGAGACACUGAUCCUUGUCUGCUCCGUGGCUGAAGGCACAGGGGACACCACAUUCUCCUGGCACAGAGAGGACACAAAGGAGAGUCUGGGGAGGAAAAGUCAGCGUUCUCAGAAGGCAGAGCUUAGGAUACCUGUUACCAGGGAGAGCCAUGCUGGGGAAUACUAUUGUACAGCUGACAAUGGCUACGGCCACAUCCGGAGUGAGGUAGUGAACAUCACCGUGAGAAGCCCUCCAGGGAAUAGAAGUGGCCUUAUUGCCGGGGGAGCCACUGGAGUGUCACUCAGCAUUCUUCUGGCUGCUGCCCUGCUGUUUUGCUGCUGGCACCAGAGGAAAUCAGGAGACGGUUUUCUGAAAAACAGAAUCAGGAGUCCUCCCACCCCAGGCUUAAGAGAGUCUGCCCAUCCCACGUGCCCUGCCGCAGUGGAGCUGCAGCAAUUGUACAGCAAUGUGCACCGCAAAGAAGGAGACUUGGUAUAUUCUGAGAUCCAGAUUAUUCAGCAGGGAGAAGAAAAGGAAACCAAUACCUCCAGAACAUCUCUAGAGGACAAGUGUGCCUCCGUUAUCUACUCUGAGGUGAAGAGACAACUUUCAGGGGAUUCAGCUGGAAUGGUCCACUGUAAGGAUGAAGAAGCCAUGGAAAGUUACGAGAAUGUCCCUCAUAAGACUUGUCCCUGA